UGUAUCCUCUGCCAUAAAGAAAACUCAAACUCACCACCACACACAGAACUAGACAACAAUCAACAAUGUGCUCUUUAUCUUCUUGAAAUAGAAGAAAUUUGUAAGAGAUUUGACUUGCCUGAACGUAAAACCAAGUUAGACACUUUACUCAAGCUACGCCAAGAAAAAGAACAGACAGUCUAUUGUUUGUGCCAAUCAACAGAUGUAUCCAAGUUCAUGAUAGGUUGUGAAAAGUGUGAUGGGUGGUUUCAUGGCGAGUGUAUUGGUCUUGAUGAAGCGGACGCCCAACAGAUAAAGAAGUGGUAUUGCUUUGAUUGCUGUAGAACAUACAACUUAAAAGUUGUGUUUUUCACAGAGACCAAAACUAAAAAAUCACACAAGAAAACCACAAAGCCAAACAAGAAAAUUACAAAAUCAUUUCCCAAGAAAAAUAAAGAAAAUGAAAUUAAGAAUAUUCAGCAGAACGUUGUGACAACAUCCUACGAGAGAAAGCGAGAUUUUUGUUGUGGUCAGUGUAGUAAUUGUCUUCAAAACGAAGAGUGUGGAAAUAAAGAUGGAAGAAUGUUUUUCAAAAAGCGCCUUAUACAACAAUUCCACAAUAACAAAGAGAUGGAAAUUGGCCAAAACUUUAGUAGGAAUCAGGAACUGAAAAUGUUUCACAAACCAAAUGAAAGACAAGCAUCAGCCAGGAUAGAACAAAGAUGCUUAGGCCUGAAUUGUUCCAAGUUUGUUAGAGUAAAUAGUAAAUAUUGCAGCGAUGAUUGUGGAAUGGCAUUGGCCAAGGCAAGGCUUCUCGGGAUUGUCAAAGACCAGGCUAAAGAUCAGUUAACAAAUCCAGGAGCAGCUUAUCAAAAAGAUACUGCAAAAUUAGAAGAAAUCAAAAAUCAGAAGGAAUAUCAUACAAGGGUGGUUCAAAAAUUAAAUAUAAAAGAACACAUCGUCAGGCGAAUCAUAGAAUCGACAAAACGGUUGCAGAUAAUUGAGAAUGAAGCAGAAAUAGCAGAUGACAGCAAAAUUCACUGUGUUUGUUGCGGUUGGGAGAUACCAAAUCGAUCUUAUGUGAAACAUGUAGAAAACUGCUUUAGAAAGGCUGAGAAUCAAAACAUUGUGGAGAGCUUUAACAAAUCCAAUACUCCGUUUUGCAACAUAUUUUGUGACCACUACAAUGCAUCCAGAAAUACGUACUGCUCGAGGCUUCGUUAUCUUUGCCCAAGCCAUUUCAAAAUUAGAAAAUCUAGAGACGAUGAGGUAUGCGGAUGUCCAAUUGUGAACCAACUCACUGUAGAUUUAUUCUUUAACGCUGACAAAUUUUGCCAAAGGCAGAAAAAUUUGUGCACUUUGCAUUUCAAUUGGGAAAUUCUUGCAAUUAGCGAAGUUGACACUGAACGUCUUAGAGAGUUAAUCAAACUUAACAGUUUAAUCAAAGAAGAAGGAGAAAUUUUGUCCAGGAUGGCAAAUAGAAGAGGAGUUUUGGGAUUGCUACUCAACUCUUCUCAAGAACACAAAUAAUUGUUUUGAAAUAAAU